AUGCGGAGUGGUUUCCACCAUCGACCUCGAGGGUUUUCUCAGCCUGUAGACGCACCUCUUGAAACGCGGCGACGCCGCAGACCCUCCCGGGCCCCACAUGGACUUGCCACGCGCGUUCAUGGGCACGGACAGGAACCCGGGAGGGUCUGCGGCGACGCUCCGCUCAAGAGGUUCUAA